GUUGUACUUGCGCGCAGGUUUGCUUGGAAGUGUGUUAUUUCUCUCGUAGAGCAUCCUACGCGUCAAGAUGUCCACGUCGAUGACAGACAAGCUUCUGGAUGACAUGAACAGCAUACCGCUGGCAGACGAUGAUCCACAAGUGAUAAUUCCCGAAGAAGAAAUUUUGGACAAUAGCUGCCACAUAUCUGAUGCACUUGGCAGUGGACACAGCAUGGAUUCUAUACCAUCUACAUUUACAAAUGGAAGUUGUAGUCCUAACAGUAAGUCUCAAAUCGUUUACAUUCUACUAUUUCACAAAAUAUCAUCAAGCAUUCAAGAUUAUGUGACUGUAGGUUUAGAUCCUGAUAUAAGCCCAGAUGAGCAAGAAGAAAAGGCAAGAUUGAUUGCUCAAGUGCUUGAACUUCAGAACACAUUAGAUGAUUUAUCCCAGAGAGUAGAUAGCGUAAAGGAGGAAAACCUGAAGUUGAGAAGUGAAAAUCAAGUGCUGAGCCAGUAUAUUGAGAAUUUAAUGUCAGCAUCGAGUGUUUUUCAAUCUACGAGCCCCAACACCAAAAAGAAGUGAAUUCACGUUGUCACCUUAGAUAACAAAUAUCGAAGAAACAGGGAUCUUAAAAUAAUGUGAUCUUUAAUCCUCCAUAAAGAGUAUGUACACGUGUUUAUACUUAUAACUGCCUUAUUUCACGAGAAGAAGAUAAAAUUAUUGUAGAUAUAAGAAUUCUCAAAACACUUUAUUUAUAGUCUGUUUAGUAUAUUCUGCUUAUUUCAUAUUUAUACGUUUCAUUAAUUCGUGUACAUACUGUUUAUAGAAAAACUCAUUUGCGAGCAAAAAUUCGCCCGUUUUUUCUUGAAGCGCAUAUUCGAAUCGAAUUUGAAUUCCGAAUUCACGAUCCAAAUCUGUAGGUCGAGGAAUUCAUUGUUCAAUUUUUUGUUUUUUUAGUCACCGCAUACGCUUUUUGCUUAAAAAACGUUUACGCAUUUGUUACUUACUACCAAAGAAUUCCAUUUUGUAUUUCGUGCAAUGUCGUGUGUAUUUGAAGAAUCUCAGUUGUCAUGACCUAAUCUCUUAUUGUAAGUAUGAAAGUUUAUAUGAAAGAUUAAAAUGUGCAAUUUGAAUGAUUGAAAUCAAACAAUAUUCUAGACUUAUAAUUAAAUAUCAGUUUCUUGAUGUUUUCUGGUGUAAGAUUCGUUUUCAGUAUUAAAUCGCAAUUGUUAAAGUUAGUUAUCGCUUUUUCACGUAUUUGAUACUUAUAAAUAAGAAUGCAAGGGUUAUAAAUGUUUGUAGUUACCGUAUUUAAUCAAACACCAACAUUUUUUAAUUCGAGCUUUCGCUUAAGGGUUUCGACAUACGUGUAUGCAAUGUAUGUAGAUGUACAAAAGAGAUAAGAAAUAAUUAUAUAUAUACAAUUACAUAUAGAUAUAAAUAAAUAUAUAUAUAUAUAUAUUAUGUAUACAUAUAUGUAGUAUAUAUUAUAUACCAUAAUUAUAUAUAUUAUGUACUAAUGUAUAGUAUAAUAGUAUAUAUAUAUAUUACAUAUGAUUAUAUAAUAUAUUAAUAUAAAUUAACGUUCGUGUAAAUGCUGCGAGCACAGUGUACAUUUUAAUCACUAAUUUAACUGACUGAUUGAAAACGAUCGACACUUUGCCUGCAGCAUGUUCGAUCAACGAUUACUACUGCAACUGAGAAAGAAAAAAGAUAAGGAAAAAAUUAUAAAGAAAAAGAAAUGUACUGCAAUUUAAAACUGCAACUUACAAUGAAGUUUCAGUUGGAGGGCACAAGCAGAAUGCACAAUCUCAAAUUAUUUCAUUGUUGAGUAACAUAGUGUUAUAAUAAACAUUAUAUUCUAUUGGAA